UGAGUACAAACAUAGCUUAUCUAAAGAAUGUUGAAAAUGUCUGUUGAUAUAUUCCUAACCCUGUUUUGUAGGGGUCGAUUGUUGCUGAGUGAUGAGAAACUGAAAUUUGAUCUCACCGUGUUCAUUGUGUUCCGCUCGAUUAACCUUGCGCUGUUAUUAUUGUGUAGUGUUUUAGCACAAUGCUAUCACUUCAUAAUUUUCUGUUUCUGAAGAAAGGCUAUCGCUUUGCCCUCUGGAGGAACAGGCAUCAUAUGUCUUUCAUUACAGGAAUUAAUGAUAAUUAUCGUGUUUUUCAUGCAGAAAAGUUUUAAUGUAGUUCCUCUCUCACUCGGCGUGGUCGUUUAAUAGCAGGAAUCAUGGUUUGUGCACGUUUUCAGCGUGUUGAUCUUCCAUUUAGCGAUCAUGGAAGGUGGUCGGAGCUGAAAAAUCUCUAUGUGAAGCUAGAGGGAGUGAAGGAUGCAGAACAUCUUGUUGACGUUCUACAAAGGAUUUUUGAGGUUGCUGGUAAUGACAUCAAACAACUCCGAGUCCCAAGCGAUCGGGCAGGCGCCAAAGAAACUUCCGAUUCCUUGAAGCUAAGCUGGCAUUUUCAAGGGCUACAGCUGUUUUUUGACGAGAUUGCAACAGAACAAGAAAGUGCGACAUUUUUUGAGACAAUUCUUCCGUUCAUCGUCAAUUUAGCAUUAAGCAUCGAAGAGUAUUCUCCAAGUCAAGGCAUUCUCCUGUGUUCACAACAGCGAGAGUCUGGUAUUGUCCUUGACAGAAGAUUCAUUGCUUGUCUCCUGGCCUCGGCAUUUCUCUGUGCACUGCCCCCACCAGCAGAUGACACACAAGUUAGAUCCAUUAACUUUGUUCAUUUGUUUACGUGUUUUCACAGAGAGGAUAUCCAAGAUGCUCAGGCUGCAAAGCUGCAAUGUUUAAUACACUACUUUGAAAAACUUAGCAGUGUCUGGCCGGAUGUAACAGGAAGAGUUUUCUACAGUAGACAGGUUAUACCAAGUAACUCUCUUCCUUCUCUUAAUGAUUGGAUGUCAUGUGACCUUCCUCUGUGUCCAGUUAUUGUCGAUAACAAGACAUCAAUAGAAAAUUCUGGAGGACAUAUGCUCCAGGUGGACUUUGCCAACCGUUUCAUUGGAGGAGGUGUUUUAGGUGCAGGUCAAGUCCAGGAGGAGAUCAGGUUUUGUAUUAACCCUGAAUUACUAGUGGCUAUGAUGACUAUGGAAACUAUGCAGGACAAUGAAGCAAUUAUAAUCAGGGGAGCUGAAAGAUUUUCUUCCUAUUCGGGAUACGGAAGAACCUUCAAGUUCACUGGCGACUUUAAGGACGAAUCAGAGCACGAUGAAGACGGUGAUUUUCAGACCACAGUGGUAGCAAUUGAUGCAAAACGGUUCAAGAACAUGCCAAGAGAAAGUCAGUAUGAAGAAUCUGCGUUGCUAAGAGAACUAAACAAGGCUUUGGUAGGAUUUUACAACCCUGAAGUCGGUACCCAGAUCCUCCGCACUCCAUCAGACGAAGAAAGUGACAUGUCUUUAGCUGAAAGCGAAGACUUUGCUUCAUCGGAAGAACUCGUGCUCUCUUCGGAAGAUCCUGUGGUAUCAUCGGAAGAAGCCGAAACUCAUAAAAGGCAGCCCUUGCCAAAAGACGGUAAAGUUUUGGAAAUUCCCGAGUUUAGUCAUAACCUUGUCAAUCUUGCGUUAUCGCAAGCUAUGGACGAAGUAAACAAUAACUGCUUCUUAGAAGACUUUGUUGACGGUGAUAUUGUGACUAAUGUGAUGAAAAAGUCUUUGAUCGAAGUCUUCGGUGGUACUCCCGAAAAAGCUCGGAGAUACUCGGAAAACCUUUUGAGUCCUUCGCUGCUCCCGAAGUGCUUGUCGCUUAACGCGAGUGGUUCAAAUUCUCCGACAGUUCCCGGUACACCUCCGUCCUCUCCUGCAAUGUAUGAUCCGAGCAUUUCUGAACAGACAUCUUUAGACUCGCAAUUACGGUUGAACACUUCUCUAAGGUUAAAUAGAAGUUCAAGUAAAGAUGGAUCUCUCUCUUUUUCCGUGAAGAGCUUUGCUGACUCACUUUCCAACUCUCUAAUGUCAUGUGUGCAGUUGACGUCAUCCCUCGCCACUGCCAUAGCAACCGUGGCGACUUCACCAGGACAAGUGGUGUCGGAUACCAAAGAAGCAUUUUGCGAGAGCCCCAAGAACAUAAGGUCCCCCGUGAAGAAUGGAGAUAGUAUUUUGUCAUUUUUGAAUCGGAAAGUUCCUCAAUCGGAGAUUUCGCCGAAUAAGACUUUCACUGAUGGUUUUCACUUUACCGAAUUUGUGGAAGACUUAUCAUCAUUAGUGAAAUCAACAAAGCUACAAAGGUUCAAGGUCAAAGAUGACGCGGAAAGCUGUCUGAUGUCUUCAGGCGCUAGACAAAACCUUAUGGAGGAAUUCAAUCAAUUUGGGGAUGAAUCCAACGCAAAGGUGUACGAGCAGUUUGCAACAAAAUUAUCAAGCUUCACUGUCGAUUUGGCCCUUACCUCUUUAUUUAGAUCACCAUUUGAAAGGGACGAACUUGAGAAAGACGUUGGAGAAAUUCUCACCGAACAGAGUACAGAUCCUGACUCGAUGGAUCCAUCUGAUGAGCAAAUUGGUAACGGUUCUCAGUCCCCAUGGAGCGCUGCGCAAAUCAAAGGUAGUCGGGAGUUUCUUAACAUCCUUAAUGGUCACGCAAAUGCUCUGUUGGUAGAUACGAUACAGUCUGCUCUGGCUGAGGCAGCAGAAUAUUGUGUUGAGAGAACAACUUGUGAUUAUUUUUCUUCUCCCGUCGAUGAAGAUUAUGAACCAUUGAAAGAAAAAGAAGGGCAAGGAGAGAUGGAAAAUAAGACGGCAGAUGCGAGUAGCUCGUCAGAAUCUUCCGAAGGGGAGCAAAGUGACUACACUGAGGAAGGUAACCUGACUUUAGGGAAUUCUCUGAAUGACCUCGCCUCUGAAUUCCCACAGGCUGUGUUUGAAAUAGCACAGAAACUUUCCCAGAAUAUCAUUUAUGAUGGAGUGGCGCAAGCAGUAGUAGUGGUGAUGAAAGAAAAAUCCAAGGAAAUGACGACAGAGGUUCAACUGGAAACUCCCAAGGAAGUCACAGAGGUUGAUACUAAGAAAAAGGCAGAAGAAUCGCUCUCCUUCUUUGUUGAGGAUGGAACCGACAAGCAGACUUUGAAUGGAUUUUCGGAAGAUCUGAGCUGUUUCACGAUACGUGGAGCUGUUAAGCUUGCUGGAGCACUCCUUGAGACGCCCAACGGGGAACCCCGGGUACGCCCCGUUGCAACCGGGAACUGGGGAUGUGGGGUGUUUAAGGGGGACCCGGAAUUGAAGGCUGUUAUUCAGUGGGCUGCCGCGUCAGCAGCUGGGUGUCCUGUGGUAGUUUACCAUUCUUUUGGUGACCAGAGAAUGUCACAUUUCCUCAAGGCACUCGUUUGUUUACACUCACGUAACUGGAAAAUCUCUGACGUCAUCCAAGGAGUUCUUCGAUUCUACAAAGCUAUCCAGGUAGGAAGGGAGGAAACUGUUGGAAAAAAUUCGUCAUUGCUGUCAUUUCUCUGCCAAAUGCGUCAACCAUCUAUCAAAAAAUGAAAAAGAAACGUAAACAUCUGGGAACAAAGGUGGACGCCAGUCGGACAGCUCUUUACUUAUUAAAGUUCACUAAACAACUUGCAUGUCUGAGUGCGACCAAGAGAGGUCAAAGAAUCGAAGACUGUUCAGUACAAGCUCUGCUGUCCAUAGUUUUACGAUGUAAGGAAGAGAAUCAAUGGAUUUAGAAAGUAUCGCGACAAAGUAGCGUAAAUUUAUUAUAAGAUACUUUUGUAGAGUAAGGUAAGAUGUAUUUCGAAUUGCAGUUUGGAUCCCUUAAUCAGGAGAAUGGAGCAAAUGGAAAUUUUCCCUGCUCUUUCACGAAAAAUAUUUGGAUCUGGCAGUUAGCCCAUAAGGAUGGGGACUUGCUAAUUAUUAUUCUAGGAGACACUCGUGAAGUCCGUGGUUUUGAUGAAAUAGUAUUUAUCUUUUUGUCAAUGUAACUAACCUUCCUGUGCAUGUCACAGUGCAGCCGCGCAUGCUCCGCACGACAAGCGCAAAGCGCAGAGUGUGCAAAGCUGCACGGUGUGCCAAGCUGCACGGUGUGCUAAGCUGCACGGUGUGCAAAGCUGCACCGCGUGCAAAGCUGCACGGUGUGCAAAGCUGCACGGUAUGCAAAGCAGCACUGUGUGCAAAGCAGCACAGUGUGCAAAGCUGCACGGUGUGCAAAACUGCAUGGUAUGCAAAGGAGCACGGUGUGCAAAGCUGCAAGGUGUGCAAAGCUGCACGGUAUGCAAAGCAGCACGGUGUACCAAGCUGCACGGUGUGCCAAGCUGCACGGUGUGCGAAGCUGCACGGUGUACAAAGCUGCACGGUGUGCGAAGCUGCACGGUGUACAAAGCUGCACGGUGUGCGAAGCUGCACGGUGUGCCAAGCUGCACGGUAUGCCAAGCUACACGGUGUGCGAAGCUGCACGGUGUGCGAAGCAGCACAGUGUUCCGACCCAGUUCAUUGUUUAGAGAUAUAACUUUGAAGGAAAGCUACUGAGUGGCAUGGUUUCUAGUUUAGUCUGUUUCAAUUGGCCUUCGGAAGGGUAUCAAGCCUUAUACCAUUUUUCAAUUCAUUAUGAGUAUAAGUUAAAUUAUUUGUUCUUCUUGUAAGACCCAACGAGGAUGUUUGGUUUCUAGAGCACACGUAUUUUUUACAGGGCAGGAGAUGUACCUUUAGAGUUUUAUUAUAAAAUUAUAGUCGUGUUAUAAUAACUGUCGAUAUCUAAGUGUAGUUUAUACUUUAAAAAUCUUAGGAACUUACAUUUUUGAUAACGUUUUUGUAGUUUAUUCGCAAAACGUAAAUUGUUUGCUGAUUGAAUUUCCAGUUUCAUGGUAAUUUUUAUACAAAGACAUUUUUUUAGAAAUAAAUGAAUGCAGAAAUUAAGGCCCUGUUUACAAGCAAGGAGGGUAACCCUUGUGCUAGGGUUACCCUAGCAGGCGGGUCAAAGAUAGCCCGGGUUUACAAGCAAAAGUUCACAGAUAGGGUUACCUUACCACCCGGGACAACUUACCUAUGCUUGGUAACCGCACGCAUUGUUAUCAAUGUUCAAAGGGUCUGAAAACAAGUA